CCCCCCAACCAUUCUUCGUCCCAUUACCGCGGUGGCAGAGAAUCCCACUCGCUGUCGUCGUCUCGUGCGCGGAGGAUGGCAGAGCGGCUUCCUUCCGCAAAAGAGGCAUCGCAAUCAAGAGUAGAGAUUCUGAACAAAUACGGAGAAAAGCUUGUUGGGGUGCUACACGAUGCUGGAUCCAAGAAGCUUGUGAUUUUGUGCCAUGGAUUUCGGUCUUCGAAGGAUGAGAGUAUCUUUCUUAACCUUACUUCUGCAUUGACAAGUCAAGGGAUCAGUGUGUUUCGCUUUGAUUUUGCCGGAAAUGGGGAAAGUGAUGGUAUCUUCCGAUAUGGCAACUACCGGAGGGAGGCCGAAGACUUGCGUUCUGUGAUCUUAUAUUUUUCGGAGCAAAAGUAUGAAAUAAGUGCUAUUCUUGGGCACAGUAAAGGGGGUAAUGUGGUGCUCUUAUAUGCUUCUGUGUAUCAUGAUGUCCAUACAGUCAUAAAUCUUUCUGGUCGCUUUGCCUUGGAUAGAGGAAUUGAAGGUCGCUUAGGGAGAGACUUUAUGCAAAGAAUCGAGAAAGAUGGUUUUAUUGAUGUGAAAGAUAGGACAGGAAAAGUUGAGUAUCGGGUUACUGAAGAAAGUCUAAAAGAUAGACUAGACACUGAUAUGCAUGCAGCAUGCCAUUCCAUUGACAAAGAAUGCAGAGUCUUGACUAUUCAUGGUUCAAAAGAUGAAAUUGUUCCAUCGGAAGAUGCAAUGGAGUUUGCGAAGCUCAUUCCUAACCACAAGCUAUAUAUUAUGGAAGGUGCCAACCAUUCUUAUGCUGCACAUCAGGGAGGACUGGCUUCAGUUGUUCUGGACUUCCUAAAAUCCAAUCAGGUGGAAGACGCUGACACAAUGAGAAGUAUAUAAAUUUCUGUUGGAUUUGUGCAAGAGAUCAAUCCGCCAUGAUAAUGUUUGGUAUUUAAUUCUAGUUUCCAGCAUGUUGCUAUUGGCUUUAGCUGAGGUUUGUGGACUUCUAACCUUUCUUGCUAAAACCUUAAAUGCAUAAUCUAAAAAUUCAAGGUGCAUGAGACACUUAAAAUUCUUUUUUAUUUAUUUCA